GAGCAUAUUUACCUUGUACCUUCCUUAUGCAAAUGCAAUAAUUAACGGUAAGACAUCUAUCAUAUUUGUACCCGUUUUUUUGCAGUGGUUUUCAUGUAAUGGAAAAUGGCUGAAAUGUAUUCGCUAUCUCAAAUGCUUUAUAUAGGCUAAAGAGAAUAUUCUCUAUCAUUUGAUGUAACGGUGUAACCUAUAUCCCAUCCGUAGGGGGUGAUCCGUAUGCUAUUGCAUCCAUUCAAUAAUCCGUGACUAACGUUAUGUUUUUCUUUUCUAUCUUGCACAUGUAUGUAUCCCCAUGAAGAUCCAUGCGUUCAGUUGACUUUCAGCCGAUUAUAAGGUUAUUACUGGCGAGCGCCAAAAUAAAUGACAGGUGUAUAUUCUGGCGCCCUACUACAGAUAUCGAGGCCAUUAGCACAAAACGGCUUGUGGAUACUACCGAGCCACUGUAUUUGUUAAAACAGAGCGGGUUAAUGCAUGCAGGGCAUUGAGCUGCUGCUGCGGUUCCUUGCCUGGUCAGCAGCCCGACUUCUCGGUGGAGCUGAGCUUGGAGAAUCCAUUCUGAUCGAGGCUGAGCGCGACGGAGUGAUGUGAUGCUCCACCUCCAUAGCAUACAUGGGCUACUGCGGCCCCAAGCUCUGAUGCUGAGUGAGAGAUAGACAUAGACACACGCUCACACACACACACACACACAGGACACUGACAGAGGACUGAGGCAGAAAACUGGACUUCCAUCAACACCUCUGAAGAAGACUAAGAAAAUAAGAGCCUUGCUUAGAGUUGAGAGGGAGGGAAGGCGGCAGUAGCGCGUGCAGACGGCAGAGAGGAAAGGACGAAAGGAAGAGGGGAAUAGACGAGAAGAGCUGGCUGCACAGCAGGUUGCCCACUCUCUGACAGCAGAGAAGUCCAUGACCCUGAACUAAUACAGCGAUGGACAGGAAAAGUGCCAAUGGCUACCCUAAGGCCGGAGGAGAGAGUGGAGGUGGGGGUCAGAAGAAGCAGCUGCCCUACUCCGUAGAGACCCCCUACGGCUUCCACCUGGACCUCGACUUCCUCAAAUAUGUGGACGACAUCGAGAAAGGCAACACCAUCAAGCGGGUCCACAUCCAACGCAAGGCCAGGGGUCCUCCUAAGUUCAGCACCCUGCCCAGGAACUUCAGCCUGCCUGGGCAUGGGGCACGAUCGGCCCCCAAGGACACCUGGUCUUCCACCUCUACUCUGGGACCCAAGCCCCGGGGCAGAGUCACAGAGGUCCAGCAGUUCUUGGAUUUUAGAGCCAGUGAUGGAGGCAGUGGUAUGGCGGGGGGGCAGAGCCAGAGCAGCAGGGUGCAGGGGAGUGGCUUAUCCCCGGCCAGGCCCAGGGAGGAGGCAGGGGCUGGUGUGUCAGCUGAGAAGCCCCUGGGGAGGCCCAACCUCCUCCGGACAUCCAGCAUGCCCAUUACCAUCCCUCACAGGAAGGCCUCCGAGUCCGGGGACGAGAGAACCGAGAACGGCUCAUCUGAGAACGUAUUCCGCGCUGUGCCCCAGGACAGGUCGGGGCUGCACCAGCAGAUCACUGCGGCCCUGAAGAGGGUCAGAGAGCUGGAGGAUAUGGUGAGGACCAUCCCAGAGCUCAAGUCCCAGAUCUGCUCACUGAGGGAGGAGAGAGAGCAUCUGAUCCUCAGGCUGCAGGCCCAAACCAAGCCCCAGGCUCCACCCCCCCCACAACGUGCCUCGCCCUCUCCGGCUCAGAUCAUUGAUCCUCAGCUGCCGGGGUCUGGAGCAGUAGUUGAUACCGGGAGAGCGGAAAGCACUGCGUCAGAGACAGAAACACAACAGGAAUCCUUAAGAAGUACUGCACAAGAAGCAGAAGCAGAUAGGCUUUUAGCAGCACAGGCAUCAGAGGGACCAGACCGACAAAGAGAGGCAUUAGUGAAUCCAUUAGAGAAAACAGCAGAGCUAUCAGAGGACGUUACAGUACAGAAAGCACCAGAACCUUCAGAGAGAGGAGUGAUUGUGCAAGUCAUAGAGGGAGUCAGUGGUGAGGGGGAUCUCCUCAGCAUCGAACAGCUCCAGGCUAAGCUAGUAACACUAGAGGCUAAGUUAAGUCAGGCUAGUGAAGAGCUGGAGGAAACCAACAGUCUCCUCAGACAACAGGUAGAGGACAACAGGAGGAAGCAGGAGAGGAUACUUCAGCUAAGCGAGGGAGGGAGAGAGGGAAAGGAGGAGGUGUGUGGGGAGAGACAUACAAGUAGGAGGACCAGUGUGGACCAGCAGACAGAGACCGAGAGAGUGGUCAUUAUAAACCAGGGGACAGAGUCGGAGAGGGCUGAUGUGGUGGAGCAGGAGACUGAUACAGAGAGGAUAGUGAUAUGUUUAAUCAGAGAGAGAGCUAACAGUGUGGACCAGGGGACAGAGACGGAGAGAGUGGAAGCGGUGAACCAGCUGGCCGAGACAGAGAUGAUUAUUGCAUGCCCAGUCAGACCAAGGGGCAACAGUGUGGAUCAGGGGACAGAGACAGAGAGAGUGAACACUGUGAACCAGGUGACAGAGACAGAGAGAGUGGACACUGUAAACCAGGUGACAGAGACAGAGAAAAUGGACACCGUAAACCAGGUGGCAGAGGCACCACCUGGAGACAGAUUAGACCAGGGGACAGAGACACAGACAGUAGUCAGUGUGGACCAGAUGACAGACACAGCACCUGUACGUCCAGUGAGACCAGCAAGACACAUGGCUAACAGUGUGUACCAAUGUAGAGAGACACAAAUACAGGCAGGAGUCAGUGUAGACCAUGGGAAAGAGACAGUGGAGACUAUGAACCAGCUUACAGAGACACAGACAGCACCUGUACGUCCAGUGAGACCAGCAAGACGCAGGGCUAAUAGCAUGGACCAGGGGACAGAGACAGAGAGAGUGAGUACAGUGGACCAGGUGACAGAGACAGAGGCAGCACAGAGUGCAGACCAGCAAACAGAGACAGAGAGAGACAGAGGUGAGACUAGCAAUACCCCACAUAGAGCUAUAGAGAUAGAAAGUGCAGCAAUAGUAAGUGCAGCCAUAGAAAGUGCGGUCACAGAAAUUUCUGGAGCAGAAAUUGAGGUCGCAGAAAGUGCUGUCAAAAAUGGGGAUAUCACUGAGAGUGCAGUAACUGAAGAAGGUUUUGUGAUUAUAGAAUGUGUGGACACAGAAAGUAUGGUCACAGAGAAUGUGGUCACUGAAAAUGUUGACACAGAAAGAAUGGUAACAAAGAGACAAGAAGUGGUAGUAGAGAAUGCAGUUGAACAAAUUACAAUGACUGAAAGUGUGCUUAAACAGAGUAUGACCACAGAGGGUAUGGUCAUUGAGAGUGUGGUCACAGAAAAGAGUGUGGUCACAGAUGACAAUGCGGUCACAGAGGAGAGUGUGGUCACAGAAGAGAGUGUGGUCACAGAAGAGAGUGUGGUCCCAGAAGAGAGUGUGGUCCCAGAAGACAAUGCGGUCACAGAAGAGAGUGUGGUCCCAGAGGAGAGUGUGGUCACAGAAGACAAUGCAGUCACAGAGGAGAGUGUGGUCACAGAAGACAAUGCAGUCACAGAAGAGAGUGUGGUCACAGAAGACAAUGCAGUCACAGAAGAGAGUGUGGUCACAGAAGAGAGUGUGGUCACAGAAGAGAGUGUGGUCACAGAAGAGAGUGUGGUCACAGAAGUCUCUUUCCCCUGUCUCUGUCCCCUGGUCCACACUGUUAGUGUGGUGAAAGAAACUCCCGUAGUCCCAGAGAGCCCAAUAGCAGCACCCACCCCCUCUUCCAGCCAGACCCAGCCUCAACCGGGUCAGAAGGAAUCUGUGCAGCCCCAGGCCCAGCCUCAGACCCAGGACCCUCGUCGGGGCUCCAACCCAGCAUUAGGCCAGGUAGUAACACGCCUCACAGGGCUGAUUAAUGAGCAGUGGGCCCAGCUGGGUAGCAGCCAAGAGAAGCCGGACAAGCAGGAGACCUCCAGCCCCAGCACCCAGAAGCUUGCAGCCGGGCAGGGGAAGCCUUCAACGGGCAAAUCAGCAGGGAAGUCAGGGCCGUCUAAGAUGAGCUCCAUCCAGAGCCAGCUGGUCAGCUCCCUCAGUGCCCUGUCUGCAUUCUACUCCCCUGGACAGAAGGCUGCUGCCAACAAACAACAAGGUCUGAAAUCCAUCAUGAAGAAGAACGGUGCUGCUGACAAGCAGGGGAACAGAGGAGGAGCCAAGAAGAACCUCAAGUUUGUGGGUGUCAACGGAGGGUAUGAGACCACCUCCAGUGAGGAGGAGUCGAGCGGGGAGGAGAAGGAAGAGGCCGAGGAGGUGGACAGCUCUGAGCCUGAGGAGAUGCAGGAGGAGCAGGGGAAGGAGGAGGAGCAGGAGGAGGGAGCUGGAGAAUCCCAGGGCCAGGGAGAGGACACUGCCACAGGAGAGAUGGCCCAGGGAGCAGGCCCUCAGGCUGGGGAGACAGAGGGCCAGGGAGACCCUCAAGACCCAGAGUCCAGCCAGGCACUCCUGGAGGAGCAGCCAGAAGCAGGGGAGACGAUAGAUAAGGACUUCAUGGAGGCGUGUCACUACAUUAAGGAUCGUAUGGCAGAGGUGGCAACCCCUGAUAAAGAAAUGAGACACAUCCUGACCGUGUUGUACCAGGAGUGGUUCCGUGUGUCCAGUCAGAAGGACUCGCUGGCCGACACUGUCACCCUCUACCUGAGAGAGGUGGGCAUCGCCACGCCAACCCUCCUCCGUUACAUCGUAAACCUGGCCGAUGGUAACGGCAACACAGCGCUCCACUACAGCGUGUCCCACUCCAACUUCCCUGUGGUCAAACUGCUGCUGGACACUGGUCUGUGUGAGGUGGACACCCAGAACAAAGCAGGCUACACAGCGGUGAUGCUGGCCUCUCUGACAGCUGCUGAUGGAUCAGACGACAUGGAGGUGGCUCUACAGCUACUGAGACAGGGAGAUGUCAAUGCCCGAGCCAGCCAGGCAGGGCAGACGGCCCUCAUGCUGGCCGUCAGCCAUGGUCGCACAGCCAUGGUGCGGUUGCUGCUGAGCUGCCAGGCUGACCUCAACAUUCAGGACAAAGACGGUUCGACUGCACUCAUAUGUGCGUGUGAGCACAGUCACGUGGAGAUCGCUCGGAUACUACUCGAGUCUGACCACUGUGACACCAGCCUCACAGACAAGGAUGGUCAGAGUGCUCUUUCGGUUGCGGUAGCGGCCUCCCACAGUGAGCUAGUUGACCUUCUGAAGACCCAUUCUGACUCCACCACCCAGGCCUCUAACCUCUCCUCCACCACCACCUCAGCCACCAUUAUCACCACCACCACCGCCUCUCUCCUCUGAGUCCUCUCCAGAAGCCCCUCUCUAACCCCCACCCCAACAGAGAACUCUCCCACCCUAGACCCACCAUAGCCCAGACCCCAUUCGCCAGACCCAACCCUACCCUAGACCCACCGUAGCCCGGGCCCCAUUCGCCAGACCCAACCCUACCCUAGACCCACCGUAGCCCGGACCCCAUUCGCCAGACCCAACCCUACCCUAGACCCACCGUAGCCCAGACCCAACUCUACCCUAGACCCACCGUAGCCCAGACCCAACCCUACCCUAGACCCACCAUAGCCUGGAUCCCAUUCGCCAGGCCCAACCCUACCCUAGACCCACCAUAGCCCGGAUCCCAUUCGCCAGGCCCAACCCUACCCUAGACCCCCGUGGAGGACAGACAAAGGCUGUAUUCACCACCACUCAGCUCACAGGCCUACUGGACCUGUGCUGCAAGGAACCAGAAUAACACACAUUAUUCACAUUUCUGCCAAUAUUCCGUGGGCGGGACUCUGGAGUUAUGUAUCAACCGUUUGGCAGCCAGCCAAUCAGAGAGGGACCUGUGUGUGUCAAUCAAAGAACCUGUAGCCGUGGCGACAGUGGGGAUCGACAGGUGAUCCAUGAAGAGUGCAGAAAGACAACAGAAGGAUGAUGGAUUGAUGCUUUCCAAAAAAAAAUGCUCUUCAGGCAAAAAUCUUCUUAAGCACAUGAUCUACCUUCAAAAUCUGUCAUAUUAUUAUCAAUAAUAUGGUUUUUCUUCCUUUUUAUUCCAAUGAUGACAUUACUAUUAUUUUAUAUUUGGACAUAAGCCAUUUAUUAAACCAUAAAGUCAAUGUUAUAAUAAUGUUUUAUCAGACACACAAAGUAUAUUUAUUUUGCGUUGCACUUUGUUUCACCUUGUUUGAUUGAUAUUCACACUGUACAUAUCAUAUCCAUGCUUGGUUUGUUUUCAUCAGUAUGACUUAACGAUUGACUCACUGGGAGGUCUUCCAAUAUGAAGGGUGUAUAGUAGGAUGCAGCAUGCAGCAAUAUAAUAACAAAAGGCAGAAUCUUCCGAAGCUACUAAACUGCAGUAUGAUGUAGUAACUCUCCACUUACUACUCUUCUCAACUAUCUACAGCUCUUUUUCUCUUUCUCGCUCUCAUGCACUAGCCUGGUCUCAGAGCAUUUCAUAUGUUUCUGUACGUACAGUAAAUCCUAGACAUUCCAUGUUACGUUUUGUAUGGUAUGUAUUCAAAUGUGGUUAUCCAUCACCCAUUUCGUAUGAUAUAUUACGGAUUACAAUUCAUAUUAUAUGUUACGAAUUUUCAUAACAAACAAUAUUUAAUGAAUUUGCUAAACGUAUGAUAUGUAACGAAUUCUAGCUGGUGGCUAAUGUUAGCUAGCGCGCUAAAGUUAGCUAGGCUAGUGGUUAGGGUUAAUUAUUAUUAUUUUAUUUAGUACUUUUACCCCUUUUUCUCCCCAAUUGGUGGUUACAGUCUUGUCUCAUCUCUGAAACUCCCCUACGGACUUGGGAGAGGCGUAGGUCGAGAGCCAUGCGUCCUCCAAAACACGACCCUGCUAAGCCGCACUGCUUCUUGACACACUGCUUGCUUUACCCGGAAGACAGCCACACCAAUGUGUGUCAGAGGAAACACCGUCCAACUGACGACCGAAGUCAACUUGCAGGCUCCCAGUCCACCACCUUCCCUUAACCCGGACGACGCUGGGACAAUUGUGCGCCGCCUCAUGGGUCUCCCAGUCAAGGCCAGCUGUGACACACUACCUGGGGCUGUCGUGAUGCCUUAGGCCGCUGCGCCACUCGGAAUGCCAGGGUUAGGGUUAAGUUUAAAGGGUUAAGGUUAGGGUUAGAGGAAGGGUGAGCUAAAAGGGUUAAGGUUAGGUAAAGGGUUAGUUAAAAGGGUUAAGGUUAGGUAAAGGGUUAGUUAAAAGGGUUAAGGUUAGGGUUAGGGCAAGGGUUAGAUAACAUGCUAAAUAGUUGCAAAAUAUUUGUAAGUAGUUGAAAAGUUGCUAAUUAGCUAAAAGUUUACAGCAAUGAAAUUCAAACUCGCAACCUUUGGAUUGCCAGACGUUUGUGUUAUACACUCACCCAUCCACCCCUAGAUGUUUGUGUUCUACAUCCACCCAUCUACCCCUAGAUGUUUGCGUUCUACAUCCACCCAUCCACCCCUAGAUGUUUGCGUUCUACAUCCACCCAUCCACCCCUAGAUGUUUGCG